CACUUGAGCUCUUCACCUAGGCCUCGGCCUUGCCCCAAUUCACCAUUUCUCUGGCCUUCGAUUAACAAUUUUUCUUGUGAAGCAAGGGGUAUGGUUGCAUACAUUUGUCUCUCCAAACCCUGUAGUAGUGGAAGCUUCGAGCAGUAACCCUUUUUAUGGAAUUGGAAACAGCUGAUCAACAAACUCCCCACGUUAUACUUUUACCUAAUCCAUGGAUUGGCCACAUAAUCCCUCUCGCUGAGCUAGCCAAACGACUCAUCCUCCACAACUUCACAGUCACCUUCACUAUCCCCACCUAUGGUAACCCUUCUAAAGCCCAGCAAGAUAUCCUUGAUGCCCUCCCCAAACCCUUCAUCAAUUACAUCUAUCUCACCCCUAUCGAUUUCACUGACCUACCCAACAAUGCCACAAUCGAAACUCGCAUCGGCCUCACCGCAUCUCGUUCCCUUCCUUCUCUCCGUGAAACCUUAAAGGUCUUCUCUGCAACUCAUCGUCUUGUUGCCUUAGUUGUUGAUGUCUUUGGCACUGAUGCAUUUGAUGUAGCCAAGGAAUUCAAUAUUUCACCUUACCUCUUCUUCCCUUCCACAGCUAUGCUUCUUUCAUUGGCUCUCCAUUUGCCAAAACUCGAUGAGGUUUACAAUGGAGAGUAUAGAGACAUGCUAGAGCCACUGAAAUUGCCCGGGUGUGUCCCUAUUCUUGGAACUGAUUUGGUAGAUCCAAUGCAAGACAGGAGCAGUGAUGGCUAUAAGUUAUUUCUCCACCACUCCAAACGUUAUAGGAUGGCUGAGGGAAUUUUGAUAAACACCUUCAUGGGCCUGGAAGUGGGGGCUCUUAAGGCUUUGGAGGAUGGAUCGGACCCAACCAUCCCACCGGUUUACCCAGUUGGACCGCUCAUUCAGAUGGGAUCGAGGGUUGGGGUUGAUGAUCGCGUGGAGUGCUUGCAGUGGUUGGACGACCAACCAACCGGUUCGGUUCUAUUUGUAUCGUUUGGGAGUGGUGGGACCCUCUCGAUGGAGCAGCAAAAUGAAUUGGCUUUGGGAUUGGAGCUGAGUGAGCAAAAAUUUUUAUGGGUCAUUAGGAACCCAACUCAAACCUCAGCAAAUGUCUCCUAUUUGAAUGCUCAAGGCAUGCAAGAUCCAUUUGAUUUCUUGCCCGAGGGGUUCUUGGAGAGGACUAAAGGGAAGGGCCUAGUGGUGCCCUCAUGGGCCCCUCAAAUAGAAGUGCUUAGCCAUGGUUCGACCGGAGGGUUUAUAACCCACUGUGGGUGGAACUCAAUCCUCGAGAGUGUGGUACAUGGUGUGCCUUUGAUUGCAUGGCCUCUCUAUGCAGAACAGAGAAUGAACUCAAGGAUACUGGUAGAGGAUUUGAAGGUGGCACUCAGGCUUAGAGUAGAGGAAAAUGGAAUAGUGGGGCGAGCUGUGAUUGCAAGCACUCUCAAAUGCCUCAUGGAAGGAGAGGAAGGAAAGAGAAUUCGAAACCAGAUGAGAGUCCUCCAAGCUUCAACAGAGAAGGUUCCCUGUGAGGACGGGUAUACACCAAAAUCACUCUCAAAGAUUGCACAAAAGUGGAAGUCUCAACUGGCCAUUUGAUGUAGGAUCCAAUUUCUCUCAAUCCAUGGUCAAUCUCUUCAUCCAUCCAUGUUACUCUUUGAUUGAAAUGUAGAAAUGGUAUUUCAUAUCAUGAAUAAUAAGAAGUGUGAGUUAAUGAUGAA